CAAAUCCCAGGGAAGGGAGGCGCAGGUUUCCGGCCUAAUGAGCAAAAACACAACUCCAGUCUGAAAGACGAUGAACAGACGCUGCGUCUUGUAAAUAAUUCCACGGAUAGCUUUCUCAGAUACAGCCCUAAUCUACUGUGCUCUAACAAAUCCCUAAUUUAUAUUCCAAGGGGUCACACUGACAUGGCCUCUGUCCACUGAACUACUCUCUCUUUAGCCACUGCAUGCACAAAGCAUUGGUGUUAAACUUUCCAGCGGAUGAGACUGACCUACCAUCACCAUGGAAACAGACACAGAAGUUAUUCCUAUCUGGCAGAAUAAGCCUCAUGGCUCCACCCGUAGUGUUGUGAGAAGAAUAGGUUCCACUCUUCCACUUAGGGCUCCACAAAGGGCAUGUUUCGAGGAACUACCGGGCCUUCCCCGUCAUCGACCUAUGGAUGGCCCUAUGGUUCCUACGUUGGCAGACAUAGCCUGGAUUGUUGCAGAUGAAGAAGAGACAUAUGCCAGAGUGCGGAGUGACACUCGUCCUCUGAAACACGAAUGGCGACCCACGCCUCUCCUGGUACUCCACAGGAACUCAUCUGUACCCAACUUUCGCCGUGAGUGCAAAAGGGUGGAAGGGCUAAGGAAGCCUGGGGUGACGGCGAUGAAUCGUACUACCGCCCUGCAGGAUGAGCUCAGCAGACUCCGUGCACAGAUAGCCAAGAUUGUGGCUAGUGAUUCUGGCUCAAACCCCCUGACCCCUGACCUGCUCUCUCCUGACGACACAAGUAUGAGCUUCUCCAUGGCACCGUUCGAGACGGCGCCCUACCAGCCGGCUGCCACGGCAGCUGCUUCCUUUGUCAUCAGUGAUGUCACGGAGGAGGAAGAAGAGGAAGAGGAGGAGGAGCAAGAAGAGGAAGAUGUGGUGUCUGUGGUGUCGGAGCUUGUCCCUGACCCUCUGCCGCCUGUUUCCAUGACGGCAUCAGCGACCUUUGACCUGGACAGACCCAGCAUGGACUUCCGCGAGGCAGAGGAGGAUACAGUGUCGCUAUCAAAGUCCACCAGCUUUGCUGAUGUUAUGGACAUCCUGAAGGACAUGAACCGCAUGAAGAUGAGCAAGGACAGGUACAACAGAGGCUGUACGUCCCUUAGAGAGGAGGACUCAGCCUCUCUAAUUUCAGAAGCUCUGAGGAAAAAGUUUGUCUUGAAGGAAGAAGAUACUGACGCUGUGAAACGGAAGUAGCCUGAUCACGCGUUUAUCGUCAAUACCCAAUCCUGCGGCUCCAUGUAAGUCAGGACAGGAGUUUUUUUUUUAAAUAUUUUCUAUAAUUAUGAGCCCUUGAAGGAAUGCUGUCGGUCAUCAUUGUCAAUGUUUUACAGUUUUAGGUCUCUUGUGGGUUCUUAGCAGUUGUUGUUUUUUUUUCUCCCUCAUAAUUUGUAGGCCUUUGCCUGUGAAAUAUGUACCCAAGGAUCAACAACCUUGCUCCUCAAACCCGAGGCAAUAGCUGUCUGCUAGAGCUAGAACAAAGAAAUAAUUUCGUCUCGGACAUAACCAUAAACCAUAUGUGAACCUCACAGUGCUGUUGCUGUGUGACGGGGAACAAGCAAUUCUUGAUAACAAUAAUCACAUAUUGCAUCCAGUUUAUUUCUCUAUUUAUAAAAAAAAAAAAAAAAAAAAGUUUUUAUGUUUAAAUGUAUUUUGAAAAAGGACUCAACAGACUGUUGUCUGGAAACUUACUCUGUGUCCAGACUGAUUUAAUUUUAGAUGCAAUUUAUUUUGAUUGUGUUAUAGAACCUUGGGGAGGGGCUGACAUGCAAACAUUUAUAACACAGACUUUGGACUUAAAGUCAGAAUUGUCUCUUUUAAAAAGCAUAUCCAUCAUGCUAGAAAAAGUGUUUUUUCUCCAGAAACAUUGCAAAUUCUUUGUCUUCUUUAAGUGACAUACUUGUGACAUACUUGAACAUAUUUUAUGUACAAAUAGAACAGAUCUAGUGUACACGUGCAGAGAUGUACUGUAUCUUAUCACAGCGUGUGUGGGAAAUAGAACUCGAGAUGGUUGCUGUUAAUAUUUGCAUUACACGUCUGAGUUUGGAAAUGCAGUGCCAUGCAUCGUGUACCGUAUGUUGCUUGCUCCACUGCAACCUUAUGCCUGUCCUCUUGUUGGUGAUUAACAUAUAGAAUGAUAGUCACUGAACCACAAGGUACUGAUUUUGACGCCCCAAGUGAAAGGAGCAUUAUGAUGCAGUUUGAAAAGUCAACUCUGUGGUGUAAAAAUCUAAGGAAGUGUGUAAGUAAAAUGUGCACCCAUCAUUGUUUGUUUUUAGUAAGGCAGUGACCAAUACAAUCUUGUACAGGUUUUUUUGAACACACAUCUCCACCCUGUGUAGAUUGUUCUAAUUACUAGCUGAAACCACCUUUAAUGACGCAAUAUUAAAUAGGUGUUCUCAGUUUGGGUAGAGACAACUGAUCUAUGUGUAAGAGUGCUUUUACAUCAUUUGGUAUGCAGUUUUGACAAAGCCACGGGUAAAAUGCUUGUGAGUCCCAAUGAUAACGACGGAUAUUCUUGUUAAUGCCUUACCACAGAUCUAUUGCCUGUUCCGAAGCCUGAUUUUAUUACCAUAUUAAUUGAAGUGCCAUGGGUUUGUUGUACUCUGCCCACCGCUCUUUGCAUGUCCUUUCCUGAAUCUGCCCUCCAUCCUCUUUAUUAAGAGCCCCAUGUUUUUAAUCUAACAAACAUAACGGUUGUGUGUGUGUGGUAAUGCUGAAUGUUUGUUCAAAAUAACCCGUCACAAGAAAAGACUUGCUGUCAUGACACUUUUCUCUCCAAACAUGUCACUCCUACUUUGUUUUCAUCUGUCAUGUGUAUGCCUACAUGGCUAGGAGUCCCUUGGUCUCGUUUUACAGUGUAAAAUAUACUUCUAUGUUUAUCUUUUUGGAUUGAAACAAGAUUGUGCCCAUAUGUGUGUCGCUGUAUGCAGUGGAAUUAGUGGGGUUUUUUUCUUGCUAGA